AUGCGUCCCGAAAUCGAGCAGGAGCUUUCCCACACGUUGCUCAUUGAGCUCUUGUCCUACCAGUUCGCCCUGGCGGUGCGGUGGAUCGAGACUCAGGAUGUCUACUUGACCCUGCCCGAACACAAGACCGAAAGAUUGAUCGAAGUCGGUCCCCUGCCCACGUUGGCCAACAUGACCAAAAAGACGAUGGAAAUGCCCAAGAUGAAGUCGUACGACGCCGCUCGCUCGCUCCAGAGACAAGUGUUGGCCUACUCCAGCGACGCUAAGGAAAUCUACUAUACCCCUGACCCCGUGGAAGUGGCUCCCCCUGCCGCCAAGGAAGAACCCGCUGCCGCUGCCGCUCCCGCUGCUGCUGCUCCCGCCGCUGCUGCCCCUGCCCCCGCUGCUGCCCCUGCCGCUGCUCCUCUGGGUCCCGUCGAAGCGAUGGCCGACGAACCCGUCCCCGCUAAGUUGUUGAUCCACGUCCUCGUGGCCCAGAAGCUCAAGAAGCCUCUUGACGCCAUCCCCAUGUCUAAGGCGAUUAAGGACUUGGUCAACGGUAAGUCGACGGUGCAAAACGAAAUCUUGGGUGACCUCGGUAAGGAAUUCGGGUCGACUCCGGAAAAGCCUGAAGACACUCCCCUUGAAGAAUUGGCCGAACAAUUCCAGGACACUUUCUCCGGUCAAUUGGGUAAGACGUCGACGUCGCUCAUCGCUCGUUUGAUGUCGCUGAAGAUGCCCGGUGGGUUCUCCAUCACCUCGGCGAGAAAGUACCUUGAAGGCCGUUACGGUUUUGGCCAAGGUAGACAAGAUGCCACCUUGUUGUUGGGUCUUGCCAACGAGCCCGCCGCUCGUCUCGGCUCGGAAGGUGACGCCAAGGCGUUCUUGGACACCCUCGCGCAAAAGUACGCCGCCGUUGCCGGGGUUUCGUUGUCGCUGGCCUCGUCCGGUGGUGCCGCCGGUGGUGCUGGUGGCGCUGUGGUCGACUCGGCUGCUCUCGACGCUCUUCAAUCGGAAAACCGCACUUUGGCCAAGCAACAAUUGGAAACUUUGGCCCGUUACUUGCAAGUCGACCUCAACCAAGGCGCGAAGCUGUUCAUUAAGGAAAAGGAGGCGCUGGCUGUUCUCCAAGCGGAAUUGGACUUGUGGGAAGCCGAACACGGCGAAUUCUACGCCAACGGCAUCAAGCCCACCUUCUCGUCAAAGAAGGCUAGAGUGUACGACUCGUACUGGAACUGGGCUCGUCAAGACGUGUUGCUGAUGUACUUUGACAUCAUCUUCGGCAAGCUCACCUCGGUGGACCGGGAAACCAUCCAACAGUGUAUCCAAAUCAUGAACCGUCUGAACCCGACCUUGAUCAAGUUCAUGCAAUACCACAUCGACCACUGCCCGCAAUACAAGGGGGAAACCUACGCUCUCGCCAAGCUGUUGGGUCAACAGUUGAUUGACAACUGUAAGCAAACCAUCGGCGAAGCCCCCGUGUACAAAGACGUCAGCCGCAUCACCGGUCCUAAGACCACCGUCGACAAGAAGGGUAAGGUUGUCUACGAAGAAGCCAACAAGGAUGCCGUGCGCAAGUUUGAGCAAUACGUCUACGAGAUGGCUCAAGGUGGUGAAUUGACCAAGGCUAACCAGCUGACUAUCCACGACGACUUGGCCAGAGUGUACAAGGCUCUCGGCAAGCAAGCUAGCGGCCAGACCAAGGUUGAGUUCGAAAAGUUGUACGACCAAUUGAUCAAGUUUGUCGAGCUGAACGCCGAACUUGACGCCCAACAAACCACGAAGCUGGUGCUUGGUGCCCGUACCGGCCUGUCGACCCCUGAAGAAGACGAAUUGCUGACGGCCUCCGACGACGAUGAGAUUGCGCUGUUGCCCGACAAGACCUCGAUCCUCCAACCGGUGUCGCUGACCAUCCCCGCCGAAACUAUCCCCUUCUUGCACAUUCAACGCAAGUUCAAGUCGGGCUGGGAAUUCGACCGCAAGUUGACUCUGACCUACCUCGACGGUUUGGAAUCGGCUGCCGUUAACGGGUUGACUUUCAAGGACAAGUACGUCUUGGUGACCGGUGCUGGUGCCGGUUCGAUUGGUGCCGAAAUCCUCCAAGGUUUGAUCCUGGGUGGGGCUAAGGUGAUUGUCACUACCUCAAGAUUCUCCAAGAAGGUCACCGAGUACUACCAAAACAUGUACGCCCGUUACGGUGCCACUGGCUCGCAAUUGGUGGUGGUUCCCUUCAACCAAGGUUCGAAGCAGGAUGUGGACGCUUUGGUGGACUACAUCUACAACGACCCUAAGAAGGGUGGUCUCGGCUGGGACUUGGACGUCAUCAUUCCCUUCGCCGCCAUCCCCGAAAACGGUAACGGUAUUGACAACAUUGACUCGAGAUCGGAAUUCGCCCACAGAAUCAUGUUGACUAACUUGUUGCGUUUGCUUGGUUCGGUCAAGGCCCACAAGACUACCGACACCCGUCCCGCUCAAUGUAUCUUGCCGAUGUCGCCUAACCAUGGUACCUUCGGUUUUGACGGGUUGUACUCGGAAUCGAAGAUCUCGUUGGAGACCUUGUUCAACCGUUGGUACUCGGAAGACUGGGGCCAAAAGCUUACCGUGUGCGGUGCCGUUAUUGGUUGGACCCGUGGUACCGGUUUGAUGUCGGCCAACAACAUCAUUGCUGAAGGUAUCGAAAAGGUCGGUGUGCGUACUUUCUCGCAAAAGGAAAUGGCGUUCAACAUCUUGGGGUUGUUGACACCCUCGAUUGUCCACUUGUGCCAGGAAGAACCGAUCAUGGCCGACUUGAACGGUGGGUUGCAAUUCAUUGACAACUUGAAGGAAUUCACCACCAAGUUGAGAACCGACAUCCUCGACGACGCUGACAUCCGCCGGGCUGUGUCCAUUGAACUGGCCAUCGAACAAAAGGUGGUAAACGGUGACAACGUUGACGCUAACUACCAAAAGGUCACUGUGCAACCUAAGGCUAACAUGAAGUUCGACUUCCCUACCCUCAAGCCUUACGAGGAGGUGAAGAAGGUCGCCCCCGAGUUGGAAGGUAUGUUGGACUUGGACUCGGUGAUUGUUGUCACUGGUUUCUCCGAAGUUGGUCCUUGGGGUAACGCUCGUACCCGUUGGGAAAUGGAAGCCAACGGCGAGUUCUCGUUGGAAGGUGCUAUUGAAAUGGCCUGGAUCAUGGGUUUGAUCAAGUACCACAACGGUAACUUGAAGGGUAAGCCGUACUGUGGUUGGGUUGAUGCUAAGACCAAGACCCCUGUUGGUGAUCACGAAAUCAAGGCUAAGUACGAAGAGGAAAUCUUGGACCACUCGGGUAUCCGUCUUAUCGAACCCGAAUUGUUCAACGGCUACGACCCCAAGAAGAAACAAUUCAUCCAGGAAGUCGUCAUCGAACACGACUUGGACGCUUUCGAAGCCUCGAAGGAAACCGCCGAACAAUACAAGUUGCAACACGGCGACAAGUGUGAAAUCUUUGAGAUUGAAGACCUGGGUGAAUUUACCGUCAAGAUCCUUAAGGGCGCUACUUUGUACAUCCCCAAGGCUCUCCGUUUCGACCGGUUGGUGGCUGGUCAAAUCCCCACUGGUUGGGACGCCCGUAACUACGGUAUCCCUGAAGACACUAUCAGUCAAGUCGACCCCAUCACCUUGUACGUGUUGGUCUCCACUGUGGAAGCCUUGUUGCUGGCCGGUAUUACUGAUCCCUACGAAUUCUACAAGUACGUCCACGUCUCCGAAGUGGGCAACUGUUCGGGUUCCGGUAUCGGUGGUGUCCUGGCGUUGAGAGGUAUGUUCAAGGACCGUUUCGCUGACAAGCCCGUGCAAAACGACAUUUUGCAAGAAUCGUUCAUCAACACCAUGUCUGCUUGGGUUAACAUGUUGUUGUUGUCGUCGUCGGGUCCCAUCAAGACUCCCGUUGGUGCUUGUGCUACUGCUGUUGAAUCUGUUGACACCGGUAUCGAAACCAUUUUGCUGGGUAAGGCUAAGGUGUGUAUCGUUGGUGGUUACGAUGACUUCCAAGAAGAAGGUUCGUACGAAUUCGCCAAUAUGAACGCCACUUCCAACGCCGUUAAGGAAUUCGAAAACGGCCGUACUCCCAGAGAAAUGUCGCGUCCCACCACCACUACUCGUGCCGGGUUCAUGGAAGCUCAAGGUUCGGGUAUCCAAGUGAUCAUGACUGCUACUUUGGCGUUGCAGAUGGGUGUGCCCAUCCACGCCGUGUUGGCGAUGUCGGCUACCGCUACCGACAAGAUUGGUCGCUCGGUGCCUGCUCCCGGUAAGGGUAUUUUGACCACUGCUCGUGAACACCACGGCAAGCUCAAGUACGGUACCCUGGCUCUUGACAUCAAGUACCGUGCCCGUCAAUUGAAGCAACGUCUUGCUCAAAUCAAGACUUGGAAGGACUCGGAGAUCGAAUUCUUGCACGACGAAGCCGCUGCUGUUGCUGAACAAUACGGUGCCGAAUUUGAUGCUGACGAAUUCUACAGAGAACGCACUGAGGAAAUCAACCGCGAAACCAAGCGCCAAGUUGCUGAUGCUAAAAAGUUGUGGGGUAACGACUUCUGGAAGAAUGACCCUCGUAUCGCUCCCUUGCGUGGGGCUUUGGCCACUUACAACUUGACCGUCGACGACAUUGGUGUGGCUUCGUUCCACGGUACCUCUACCGUCGCCAACGACAAGAACGAAUCGGCCACCAUCAACCAAAUGAUGAAGCACUUGGGUCGUUCCGAAGGUAACCCUGUGUUUGGUGUGUUCCAAAAGUACCUCACUGGUCACCCCAAGGGUGCCGCUGGUGCGUGGAUGUUGAACGGUGCCAUCCAAAUCUUGCAAUCGGGUAUCGUUCCUGGUAACCGUAAUGCCGACAACGUCGACAAGGUCUUGGAAGACUACGAAUACGUCCUUUACCCCUCGCGUUCGAUCCAAACCGAUGGUAUCAAGGCGGUGUCGGUGACCUCGUUCGGUUUCGGUCAAAAGGGUGCUCAAGCCGUGGUGGUCCACCCCGACUACUUGUUCGCCGUGUUGGACAAGCAAGCCUACACUGACUACGCUCAAAAGGUGUCGGCUCGUUACCGUAAGACCUACCGUUACAUGCACAACGCCAUCACCCGUAACACCAUGUUCGUGGCUAAGGACAAGGCUCCUUUCACUGAUGCCCAAGAACAACCGGUGUACCUUGACCCCUUGGCUCGUGUGGCUGAAUGCAAGGAAAAGAAGUUGAUUUUCCACGACAAGAACAUCCAAGCGGACAACUACGUGCAAAAGAACGCCCACUCCACCGCUCAAGCUCUUUCGGGCUUGAACAAGUCGUCGAAGGGCGUCGGUGUCGAUGUUGAAUUGUUGUCGGCGUUGAACUUGGAAAACGAGACUUUCAUUGAACGCAACUUCACCGAUGAAGAGGUGGCCUACUGCUCGAAGUCGCCUUCGCCUCAAGCUUCGUUCACUGGCACUUGGUCGGCCAAGGAAGCCGUGUUCAAGGCUCUUGGUGUUGAAUCGAAGGGUGCUGGUGCUCCGUUGAAGGACAUCGAGAUUGUCCGCGAAAACGGUGCUCCUCGGGUCAAGUUGACUGGCGAAGCUUCCAAGGCUGCUGCUAAGGCUGGUGUGAAGUCGGUCAACGUUUCGAUCUCUCACGAUGACUACCAAGCCACCGCUGUUGCCUUGGCUGAAUUCUGA